AAAGUUUGGUGAAGAAGCUAAAGAAAACAGGACGUUUAGAUGAGCUUGAGAAAGCCAUCACCACUCAAAAUUGUAAUACUAAAUGUGUCACCAUACCAAGUGUGACUGUCCAAGGAGUUACUGUGAUUGAUCUGCUUGCUGAUUUGUUCAUUUCUUCCUUUAGAGAUGUCAGAUUUUGCUUCAUGUAUUUUGAAACUAUUUUUGGAUGCAUACAGAAUUGUUAAUGUCUUCUGAUGAAUCUCUGCACUUGCUCUGAAAUUUGGGGACUGAGUACACCAAAUACGAUAGAUCAGUGGGAUACAACAGGCCUUUACAGCUUCUCUGAACAAACCAGGUCUCUUGAUGGUCGUCUUCAGGUAUCUCACCGGAAAGGACUGCCACACGUUAUAUAUUGCCGAUUAUGGCGCUGGCCUGAUCUUCACAGUCAUCAUGAACUCAAAGCAAUUGAAAACUGCGAAUAUGCUUUUAAUCUUAAAAAGGAUGAAGUAUGUGUAAACCCUUACCACUACCAGAGAGUUGAGACACCAGUUUUGCCUCCUGUGUUAGUGCCACGGCACACUGAGAUCCUAACAGAACUACCACCUUUGGAUGAUUAUACCCACUCCAUUCCAGAAAACACUAAUUUCCCAGCGGGAAUUGAACCACAGAGUAAUUACAUCCCAGAAACGCCACCUCCUGGAUAUAUCAGUGAAGAUGGAGAAACAAGUGAUCAACAGUUGAACCAAAGUAUGGAUACAGGAUCUCCAGCAGAACUAUCUCCUACUACUCUUUCCCCUGUUAAUCAUAGUUUGGAUUUACAACCAGUUACUUACUCAGAACCUGCAUUUUGGUGUUCAAUAGCCUAUUAUGAAUUAAACCAGAGGGUUGGAGAGACCUUCCAUGCAUCACAGCCCUCACUCACUGUAGAUGGCUUCACAGAUCCAUCAAAUUCAGAGAGGUUCUGCUUAGGCUUACUCUCCAACGUCAACCGAAAUGCUACAGUAGAAAUGACAAGAAGACACAUAGGAAGAGGAGUGCGCUUAUAUUACAUAGGUGGGGAAGUUUUUGCUGAGUGCCUAAGUGAUAGUGCAAUCUUUGUGCAGAGCCCCAAUUGUAAUCAGAGAUACGGCUGGCACCCUGCAACAGUGUGUAAAAUUCCACCAGGCUGUAAUCUGAAGAUCUUCAACAACCAGGAAUUUGCUGCUCUUCUGGCUCAGUCUGUUAAUCAGGGUUUUGAAGCCGUGUAUCAGCUAACUAGAAUGUGCACCAUACGAAUGAGUUUUGUGAAAGGGUGGGGAGCAGAAUACCGGAGGCAGACAGUAACGAGCACUCCUUGCUGGAUUGAACUUCAUCUGAAUGGACCUCUACAGUGGUUGGACAAAGUAUUAACUCAGAUGGGAUCCCCUUCAGUGCGUUGCUCAAGCAUGUCAUAAAGCUUCAUCAUCAAUCAAGUCCCAUCAAAAGACUUAAUGUAACAACUCUUCUGUCAUAGUAUUUGUCUGUGGUCCCCAUGGACUGUUUGUAUCCAAAAAUUCAACCAAGAAAACAGCACUUGAGGUCUCAUCAAUUAAAGCACCUUGUGGAAUUGGUUUUCUAUGUUCGAAUAUUAGAUGGGAAAAUUAGUGUCUAGAAAUACCCUCCCAUAAAGGAGGAAGAGAAGAUUUUAAAGACUUACUGAUGUCUUGUUGGGCAUAAAAUUGAGUGUCCCAAAGGUUUCUUAAUAACAGUAGUAGUUAUGUGUACAGGUAAUGUAUCAUGGCCCAGUAUCACUGUAUUGUGCUGUUUAUAUACAUUUUUAGUUUGCAUAAAUUAGGUGCGUGUGUGCUGCUUCUUGAUUUAGGCAAGCCUUUAUAAAGUUACAGUACCUAAUCUGUUAUUCCCACUUCUCCGUUAUUUUUGUGUGUCUUUUUUAAUAUAUAAUAUAUAUCAAGAUUUUCAAAUUAUCAUUUAGAAGCAGAUUUCCCUUGUAGAAAAACUAAUUUUUCUGCCUUUUACCAAAAAUAAACUCUUGGGGGAAGAAAGUGGAUUAACUUUUGAAAUCCUUGACCUUAAUGUGUUCAUUGGGUCUUAAACAUUUCUUCUUGUUGGCUUGUUUGUUUGUUUAUUGCUGAAUCUCAUUAUAAGGAAGCCUUGGAGAAAAUCUUCCAAACCUCCAUUUCUACUUUUGUCCCGAUACUAAAACAGCAUAGCAUGACAUCCAUCACCAAUAAUGGUUUCACUGAUAGUGCCAGCACCAGUCACUUCUGGGGUACAGUAAGAGUUCAUAUGGAGUAAGUUGCUUUAUUUCAACAAAUAAUACUUGACUUGUGUGACCUAGCAGUCGGUUCAUUUAUCCUUCCACACCUCAUAAAAAAUUUACAAGUGUCAGUAUAAUUCUUUUCAGGGAUAUGCUACAAUUAUUUCAGUGUAUUUAUCUUUUUUAAAAGCCAAUCUAUAGAUGUAAACACUCUUUUUAAAAAGGUAUUUUAAGUAUUUAAAUAGCCAACCUAGUACUCUUUGAUUGCGUUUCAUUUGAUUUAGUUACCAGAUUGUUUUAUGAAUGGACCUUUUGGAAAUGUAAUUGCUCCUGCAAAAUACCUAGAAAACUGAUAUGAGGUAUGAUCCCCAGAUAAGGGCCAUCUGUUUUUAAAGUAUGUUGUAUUCAAUUGAUAAAAUCUCUUAUUUUACAUAAUUAUUAAUCUAGAAUUUUAAAAAUUUGAGGAGAAGCAGUUUAGCGACUUUUUAAGCUUACAUUUACCUAUAGUCUGAGCUGUUCUUAACUAAUCCUGAACGUGUGGUUGCUCUGAGAACUGACCACAUUUUAUACAGUGAGAGGGAGAGUCCAGAAUCUUUGUCGGCAGUCCAUUCUGCAGCAAGUAAUUCUUAGGUCUAAUGUUAAGUCAUUGCUGUUUAAACAUUACUUGUUUGCAUCUCAAUAGAAUUGAAAAAUAACCACUCCUGGUCCCCGUCUAGUACAUUUUUGUAUUUUUAAGAUAUAUAUCUUAGGUACUUGUUCUUUGAAACUAUAGUCAUCUGUCUCUACAGGUGUUAUUUUCAGUACUUUGAGCAUUUGGUUGUUUUCUGUGAAGUAGACCCCAUUUUUCAAUAUUAGUGUGUAUAUGUGUAUGUUCUUGUGAACUUGGAAUUUUUAAUUCAUUCAACAAAUACUUACUGUUCACCUAUUAUAUGUGCCAGGAACUUUCUUAUCCUUCUGGUAAAGGUGAACAAGACAGAUAGUAUCUCCUUUGCUGAGACAGCAGUUACUAUAACCCUUUAUCAGCUUCUUUGUCUAUGAAGGAAAUAAUUAGGGUGAUAGAGCAUAACAGAGGGAAGGCUUCCCUAAGGCAGUGAUGCUUGAGCUAACACUUGGCGUGAGAAAGGAGCAGACUGGAUGGAGAGCCUGCGGAGAUGGGCAUUCCUUGCAAAAACAACAGCAUCAAGUGCAAAGGCUCAUCUUAGAGGAAACUCAUUAGGUAUGAAUAUUUUAUAUGAACAUCUCUACACAGAUUCAUACUUGAGGAUCAGAAUGGUUCUACAAUUUAUAAUAGUUGAAGGUGGCCUUAUUUUGUGAUAGACUGCUUCUUGUGCCAUGCUCAGUAAUAUUUCUUGUUCCUCAAGCCCUUGCUUUAAAGUUUGUCAUUUGCACCCGUCAGUACCAUUUAACAACCCCUUCUUUAACUUUGCCUUGGGCAAGUUUUCACCACUGGUGUCUGGCUGCUUGCUUCCAGACUUCCUGCUGCCCACUAAUUACUACUUCUACAGUGCAUCUUGUGAUUUGAGUGUAUGUCCCAGUUAUUACCAUUGUCAGAUCUGCUGGAGAUAACCAGGGAAGCCUCUGCCCUUCGGAGGUGUUUACUUGAGAACCUGGGAACAGUUCUGGGGGCACAGAACAAACAACUCUGAAACCAAUGGAAGGUCUGAGCAGUCCCUCUUGCACUGCUGUGUUAGGUGAAGCAGAGCCAGCGCCAGCAUGCCAGCAGUGUAGCACAGCUCUGCAUUGUGCUGCAGUUCUGCUGUGCAGCGUGGGGCUGGGACCAACUCAGGAAACACCUAUUGUAGUGAGCAGUUAUGCCUAUGGAGCAGUUGACUUCACGGUGGUGACUACAUUUUCGUGAAUACAUUUAAUGGUCAUGGUAGUGAUUGUUUUUACUUAUAGAUUGUUGAUUUCUGGACCAUAGUUGACCAGGAGUAACAGAAACCACAGAAAACAAAUUAAUGGAUAACGGGUGUGUGUGUGUGUGUAUGUAGGCAAAAUUAGCCCAUUUACAUUACUGAUAUAGGUGUUUUUAAGCAAUACCUCCCUAGAGCUUCUUUGAAGAUGUUGAACCCAAAAAGCAUUUGUCUCUCUGCUUCUCUUCUUCACAUUCAGAUAGUUCCCCAAAUAUUUAGCAGUUUCCUGGGCUGUUCACAAUUCAAAUUUCUUGUAUUUUAACGAAAGAGCAUCUGCAAUGCCCAAGUAGUAAUCCCAACCAGCGGCCUUUUUUCAUAUUUGCUUUUUAAUGAGAUGCUGUUUUUGCAUUCUGUUCUGUCUACAGUGGCCUAUUAACGUUGACCCUUCCCCGCC